CGUAAAAAGGUGCGACACCAAGAAUACGUUUAGUUUCAUUUCGGACACCACGUCAUGAACUAGCUCAUUCAUACGGUCAAGAAACAACAGUGUGAAACACAGACGAGAUGUUUGGAAAUAGCUUCUCGGAAAGGCAAGUGAGUAGGCCAUGGAUACAGGAAUUGUUAACACAAGAGAAAUCUAGAAAUCUUACCAGUGCGACGACAAACGCGGAUGGAUAUCUGAAAAGCCAAAAUGUGCAACUAUCCCGGAUACCAACCGAUGUUAGUUUACAAGUUUUCCGUUUUGCGGGUAACAAAUCACUACAAAGAAAAACAAAAUCAAAUGCAAAAAUGAUAUUACUCGUCCCCAAGUUCGUAAUAGCAGUAGGAGCCAUAACAGCGGCCAUCGCUGUGGCUGUUACCUCGCACGGAAAGCAUACUAAAAUAGAAGAAAUCGAUUUCGACUCUAGUCUACUCAACAUUCUAACACCUAUUAACGACUUACCGAUGCCAGUGACAGGAGUAGACUUUCCAUCCGACGGAUGUGGAGACAAUUCGGUGCGAUUCAAUGGAACUUGCUUUCCGGUUUUACACAAAGGUCCAUGCCAUCGAAUUGAAUGGGUCACCAUAGAUCCCAUUACAUUGCAGGGACGUUGCACUCCACGUCUUUGCGGUCGAGAAAGGGUAUUAGUUGUUCGCGAUGGACUUUGUCACGAUAUUUACGAUCCUGGCGAGUGCCAAGGUGGCCGACGACUUUAUUAUACAGCCUACGGAGAUCCCAUAUGCGAUUGCCCAAUCGGACAAUAUCCAUUUCCGCACCCCCAUGACAACUGUGUCCCACUUUUCACCCAAGGGCCUUGCCAAGAUGGAUAUGUAGUAAGCAUUAAUCAAGAUGGACGAUUGGGCUGCACGCCAGCUGAAUGUGAAUCAACCGAUGGGAAAGACUUUUUACAACAGUUGGUGUUGGCCAAUAAAGCAUGCUACGUCCUAGGAUCCCGGGGCCCUUGUUCGACUACUUCCCAGCUACUGGGCUACGAUAUCUUCAAAAGGCGAUUGCAGUGCGUCAAUCUCCUGGAUCCUUUCUCGCCCUAUUUCUCUUGGCACGAAGAAAACAAUUUGCUUGAUAGCAUCUACAAUCACCUGCAUCUGGAAUCCGAUGAAUUUCGAACAUCCUUAGUCUAUCAAAGUCUAGAGGGGAGAAACGACACACUCCGCAGACAGGGCGCGAACACCGCUGGAAUAUUUCAAUUCCCUAGCUCCUCACCGGACACACUAUUAAAUCCAUGUCGGACUGGAGCGAGACAAGGGGCAAAUUAUAAAUGUACCAACCCUUUAGUGCCCAACAUGAAUCGGAGAGACCUGCUGCCAGUUGUACGACCUAGAGUGAAAACCAACUGUGAAGGUAACGCAAUGUUCAUCGCUAUAACUGGUCAAUGUCGACCACGAUUUUAGUUCAAAUGUCCAAAUCACAAGAAUCAAAAUCUAAAUGUAACGGCUGAUCAUGGCAAAUUGGCCAUAUCAUAAAAAUUUUGAAUACACAAGCGAGUUACCUUUG